AUAAUACACUAAUAAUAAUGUUACACUUACAUUUUAACGGUAGCGUCUACCAAUAACGUCACAGGUAUUUUAUGUGUAUUUAUUAUAAAAUAUGCAUAUAGCUUAUUUGUAUAGAUAUCUUGUAUAUUUAUUUUUUUCUUUUUUUUUUAAUAUAUCGAUCGCUAAAUGUUCGUUCAAUUAUUACUGCGUUAGGUUUUGUUAUGACUUUGAAAUGAACCAACUUGUCAACUUGUAAAAGUUAGAUGUUACGUGAAGUUAUUUUAAUUUUAUCAAUAAUAUGAAAUUAAUUGUUAAUUCAAGUUGUCCACAAGUUGUUUUGGCGGAUAUUGUAGUUCCAUAUAACAUACCUAUGUUUUUCUUGUGUUAGAAACCAUCCCCUCUCCCACUUAAUUUAUAGGUUAGAGAGGUGAAGCAGUUUGAUGGUUAUUUUAGGAAUUCUUUUUCAGUAUCAUUUUCAUUUAUAAGCUUCCCCAACUUACAUGUUUGUUUACCGUAGUUAUAUUCACAAUAUAACAUAACCUAAAUUUGCACUCACAUGGAACAACUAAAACAAAAUCUGCCCCAAGGAGUUUAUGAAAGUUUAAUCAGUGCAAAUUUUAAGUCACCGUCAGAAAUAAUAAUCCGAACAAGAGCCGAAUUGGCACAAAUUACAAAAUUAGAUUUAAGUUUAAUUGAAGACGUUGUUAAAGAAUGCACCACAAUAUUGUUAACUGGAAAAAUUAAUACAGCAAAUUACUUAAAAUCAUGGCAACGUCUAAGCACAGGUUGUUUCACAAUUGAUGCAAUUACAAAAGGUGGGAUUCCACUUCAUGGAAUUACAGAAAUAGUGGGAUGUAGUGGAGUUGGUAAGACACAAAUGUGUCUUCAGUUAGCACUAAUGUCCCAGGUACCAACUGAGUUAGGGGGUUUAGAAAAAGGUGUUGUUUAUAUUUGUACAGAAGACGCUUUUCCAGCAAAGCGAUUGAGAGAAUUAGCACAGGAGUUUUCGCAAAAAUUCAAAACCAGUAUAAAUGAUUCCUUUGAAGAUUGUAUAUUCAUUCAGCAUGUUGCGGACGCCGAGCAGCUAAAAUUGUGUCUGUAUACUCGGUUCCCGAGGCUUCUCACCGUAAAACGUGUGGGCCUAAUUAUCAUUGAUUCAAUUGCUGGAGUAUUUCGUAGUGAAAAUUUGGACGUUAAUUAUUCUAAUAGAAGCCAAGAUUUUAUUUCCACUGUUGUUCAAUUACAAAAACUUUCGGAAAAAUAUAAUUUUGCAGUUGUUUGUUCAAAUCAGGUAACUGACAACAUUGCGAGUGGUAUAACUGAACCAUGUUUGGGAUUAGCGUGGAGCAAUUUGGUUACGUGCCGAUUCAGUAUAACUAGACAUUUUGAGACCCAAAUAAGAGAAUUUGGAGUUAUUUUUGCUCCGGAUUUAUCAUCAAACAGUUCAUGUAAAUUUAAAAUUUUGAAAAGUGGUUUGGUAGGAAUUUAAUAAAUUAUUUGAGGAGAAAAAA